AGCUGCCUGGCAGUCCCCACCUAGGGCACGCUGCCACGCCGCCGUUACCUGGUCCAAGUGCCCGGGAGGCUCCGCCUGUCGGCUUCGCUCUGCAGCUGCAUCUCUGAUCUGUCCUGCAGGCUCAGGCUCUGACACCUCCAUUCUCUGUCCCCAAGCACCAUGAAAGGCCUUCUUUGCUGGCCCGUGUUGCUGCUCCUUCUUCAGCCCUGGGAAACCCAGCUCCAGCUGGCAGGUCCCAGGUGUCACACUGGGCCCCUGGAUCUGGUGUUCGUGAUUGACAGCUCCCGCAGCGUGCGCCCUUUCGAGUUCGAGACCAUGCGGCAGUUCCUCAUGGGCCUCCUCCGAGGCCUGAACGUGGGUCCCAACGCCACGCGCGUUGGCGUGAUCCAGUAUUCGAGUCAAGUGCAGAGCGUCUUCCCUCUCCGCGCGUUCUCGCGCCGCGAGGACAUGGAGCGCGCCAUCCGCGACCUGGUGCCGCUGGCGCAAGGCACCAUGACGGGACUGGCAAUCCAGUACGCCAUGAACGUGGCCUUCAGCGUGGCCGAGGGCGCACGACCGCCAGAGGAGCGCGUGCCGCGUGUCGCUGUCAUCGUGACAGACGGGCGGCCCCAGGACCGCGUGGCCGAGGUGGCGGCACAGGCGCGCGCCCGCGGCAUUGAAAUUUACGCGGUGGGGGUGCAGCGCGCGGAUGUGGGCUCCCUGCGCGCCAUGGCAUCGCCCCCGCUAGACGAGCACGUCUUCCUCGUAGAGUCCUUCGACCUCAUCCAGGAGUUCGGCCUGCAGUUCCAGAGCCGGCUGUGUGCCAUUGAUCUGUGUGCUGAAGGGACCCAUGGAUGUGAGCACCACUGCAUCAAUUCCCCAGGCUCCUAUUUCUGUCGCUGCCAAGUUGGCUUUGUACUCCAGCAGGACCAGAGGAGCUGCAGGGCCAUUGACUACUGCAGCUUUGGGAACCAUAGCUGUCAGCAUGAGUGUGUUAGCACCCCUGGUGGGCCACGGUGCCACUGCAGAGAGGGCCAUGAUUUGCAGCCUGAUGGGAGGAGCUGUCAGGUCCGGGACCUUUGCAAUGGCGUGGACCAUGGCUGUGAGUUCCAGUGUGUGAGCGAGGGCCUCUCCUACCGCUGCCUGUGCCCCGAGGGGCGGCAAAUUCAGGCAGAUGGCAAGAGCUGCAACCGGUGCCGGGAAGGCCACGUGGACCUUGUUCUGCUGGUUGACGGCUCCAAGAGCGUGCGUCCACAAAACUUCGAGCUGGUGAAGCGCUUCGUGAACCAGAUUGUGGACUUCCUAUAUGUGUCCCCCGAGGGCACGCGCGUGGGGCUGGUGCAGUUCUCCAGCCGCGUGCGCACCGAGUUCCCUCUGGGUCGCUACGGCACCGCAGCUGAGGUGAAGCAGGCGGUCCUGGCCGUGGAGUACAUGGAACGCGGCACCAUGACAGGGCUGGCGUUGCGGCACAUGGUGGAGCACAGCUUCUCCGAGGCACAGGGUGCACGGCCCCGUGCCCUCAACGUGCCUCGAGUUGGCCUGGUCUUCACGGAUGGCCGCUCCCAGGAUGACAUCUCGGUGUGGGCAGCGCGCGCCAAGGAGGAAGGCAUAGUCAUGUACGCUGUGGGCGUGGGCAAGGCGGUGGAGGCGGAGCUGCGCGAGAUCGCCUCGGAGCCAGCGGAACUGCACGUGUCCUACGCCCCGGACUUCGGCACCAUGACGCACCUGCUGGAGAACCUCAGAGGCAGCAUCUGUCCAGAGGAGGGCAUCAGCGCAGGGACAGAGCUUCGGAGCCCAUGCGAAUGCGAAAGCCUCGUGGAGUUCCAGGGCCGCACGCUGGGGGCGCUCGAGAGUCUGACGCUGAACCUGGCCCAGCUGACGGCGCGCCUGGAGGAUCUGGAGAACCAGCUGGCCAUCCAGAAGUGAAGGCCACGGGCAGCCCAGACCCGGACCACGGACGGUGCCCCUUGCGCGCCAUCGGUGCGCCGGGGCCAGGCAGAACCUGGGCCCGUCAGGCUUGGGCUGUCGGGGCGGAGGCGCUGGCGGGCUUCCGGCACUGAGCUGAGCUGGCCUCGCCCGGACUAUUAGGCGGACUGCGGGGUCAGGGGGAUAGCGGGUGCUGAGGGAAGGGGCACGUGCUAGACCGGCACGCCCUCGCCGCGUGCUGCGCUCAGUUCUUUGUUGGAUUUCUUGUUUGUUUUCUUAAAAAAAUAAAAAAAAACUUAUUUCUA